AUGCAGGGCGAGUCGCACCAGCUUCCAACGCUCGAUCUGCUCCAGGUCAGCGAGCUGCCGGACGUCGACGCUGUGGCCGUCGCCCGCGGCUGGUUCUCAUCUUUCAAGACCGCGCUCGCGUCGAGCGACGUCGACGCUGUGGUGCAGCACUUCUAUGGGGACGGCUUCUGGGUGGACAAUCUCGCGCUGACGUGGGACUAUCGCACCUUCCGUGGGCUCGACUCCAUCCGCAAGCUGCUCGGUGCACGGCUCAAGGAUGUGGACAUCGGAGGGCUGCAGCUCGAGGAGGACGAGUUCAGAGGGCCCCAGCUGCAGAGGCCAUACCCCGACGUGGCGCUUUUGCGGUUGUGCUUCUCGUUCACGACGGGCGUGGGACGCGGGACGGGCGUGUGCAAUCUCGUGCCGUUUCCCGAAGGAACAUGGAGGGCGUACACGAUGUUCACGAUGCUGGAGUCGCUCGCCGGGUUCCUGGAGCAGAUUGACCACCUUAGACCGAGAGGAGGAGAACACGGGACAUAUGAAGAUCUACGAAGGCGCGAACUUGAGGUUGAGGACAACAGCCGAACGGUGCUCAUUGUUGGAGCUGGACAUUCGGGUUUGAUGACUGCUGCGCGACUCAAGUGCCUGGGCAUUGACUCGUUGAUCAUUGAUAGACAAGAAAGAGUCGGUGACAUGUGGAGAAAACGCUACAAGUUUCUAAGUCUUCACAGCACGCCGUAUUACAACGAGAUGCCUUACAUGCCAUUCCCCGCCACCUGGCCGAGAUAUUCGUCGGGCUACGAGAUGGGCGAAUGGCUCGAAGCGUACGCCAAGUUCUUGCGACUCAACGUAUGGACGAGCUCCAAGGUCCUCAAAGCAACUUGGGACGAUUCGCAGAAGCGCUGGACUAUUGAAAUAGACCGCGGAGGUCGCGAAAUCAGGACUCUGACCGUCAAACAUCUGAUGUUCGCGACGGGGCUGACGGGUCCGCCCAAGGUACCUGAGGUUAAAGAUAUGGACGUCUUCAAGGGGAAAGUAUUCCACGCGGCUCAGUUCACGUCCGCAAGAGACCAUAUUGGGAAUUGUAAGAAAGCUGUCGUCGUUGGCGCAUGUCUCUCGGGCCAUGACGUUGCACACGACUUCUACGAGGCUGGCAUGGACGUUACGAUGUACCAACGUUCAGCAACUAUCAUCCUAUCGCACCCACCUGCGGAUGAGGUUCUGGGAGCCUACUUUCUACAAGGCUUCCCAACCGAAGUCGCAGACAUAUACCUCAACUACCUCCCGCUCAAGACGCGCUUCCAGAUGGCCCAGCGGCGCACCCGGCAAGUCGCGAGCACGAUCGACAAAGAGCUCAUCGAGAACCUCGAGAACGCGGGCUUCAAGACCACACUCGGCCCGGGCGAUGCCGGCUUCGGACCGCUGCUCCUGACGCCGCGGGGAGGGGGCCAUUACAUCAACACGGGCACGUCGCAGCUGAUCAUCGACGGGCGCAUCAAGGUCAAAAACGGAAGCGCCAUCGCGCACAUGACGGAGCGCGGUAUCGCGUUCGAGGACGGCACGGAGCUCGAGGCGGACAUCGUGGUGUUUGCGACUGGGUUCAAGGACCAGCGUACGGAGAUGUGGGGUGUGUUGGACAAAGAGGUGGGCGAGAGGGUGCCGCCGAUAUGGGGUGUGAAUGAGGAAGGGUUUAUGCCUGCGAACUGGAGGCCAUGCGAGGUUGAGAAUCUCUGGUUUGGGAUAGGUGGUUUCGCUGCGUCGAGGUUCUACAGCAAGUUGUUUGCGUUACGGCUCAAAGCGAUCGAGGAAGGUCUCUAUGACAAGCCUGACCUUGGCUUUUGACGCACUGGACUUACAAGAGCAACUCGUCCGAAUCACAGCGUUCACUUGCAUCAAGUCGUGAUGUCAUUGACUGUAAGAUAUUAAUAUGUAUACGUUGAUAUAUCAGCAUGCCUGUAUCAUUAGCGCAUCUAU